AUGCCGCCCCUACCGCCGACAACACCCCUCCCGCGCAUCAUCACCUACUACCAGACGCACCACACCCACGACGGCAAGCCGAUCUCGAUCCUCCCGCUCCUGACGCAACCCGACAUCAGCGUAACCCACGUGAUCCUCGCCGCCAUCCACAUCAACGGCGACCCCCACGGCCUCACCCUCAACGACCACCGGCCCGACGACCCGCGAUUCCUGACGCUAUGGGCCGAGCUGCGCGUGCUGCAGGCCAGCGGGGUCAAGGUCCUGGGCAUGCUCGGAGGCGCCGCUCGGGGCUCGUAUGAGAGACUCGACGGCGACGAGGCACAGUUCGAGGAGUACUACGUCCCGCUGCGCGACAUGGUGCGGAAGCAUGCCCUCGACGGCCUCGAUCUGGACGUCGAGGAGGAGAUGAGCCUGGGCGGGAUCAUCCGCCUGAUCGAUCGCAUACGGCAGGACUUCGGCAAGGACUUCACCAUCACCAUGGCGCCCGUCGCGAUGGCGUUGCUCGACCCGAUGAAGAACCUGAGCGGGUUCGACUACGAGGCGCUCGAGGUCAUGCGCGGCAAGGAGAUCGCGUGGUACAACACCCAGUUCUACUGCGGAUGGGGCGACUGCAGCAACCCCGUCAUGUACGAGAUGCUCCUGGCCAAAGGCUGGUCGCCCGAGAAGAUUGUAAUCGGACUGGUCACGAAUCCGGAGAACGGGAGCGGCUGGGUGCCUUGGGAGAUGCUGGGAUCUGUGCUGCUUCUACUCCGAGGUCGUUAUCAGCGAUUCGGAGGAGUUAUGGGCUGGGAGUAUUUCAACAGCUUACCGGGAGGUAAGGAGAGGCCCUGGGAAUGGGCUAAGUGGAUGACUACCAUGUUGCGCGCCGAGCAGGCCUCGUCGUGGCCUGCACAUGGUGUUUUGCCCGUGCAGACUAGUGAGAUCGCGAAAGAGGUGAAGAAGGAGCUUGUGGAUGAGGCGGAUCCCGACGGGCCUAACAGCAAGGAUGCGCCUCUCCCUGCGGCGUUCGAAUACUACUCGGAUACGAACAAUGAUGAUUGA